UUUCAAAACAUCGAUUGCGUUUAAUUCUACAGCCUCACCAGUAGAAAUUGCCCCAGCGCUAAAAGUUUUCCAAACAUUAUAAACCGAGGUGUUUCUAAAGGGAGAAAGGGUACAAGGAAAGAUAUAGAGGAGACAGCUUUAGAAAAUUGCUCACAUCUACACUUUUCUACCUUGGUAUCAACAACAAAGCCGACUUUCUGCAGUCAGAUAUCCGAGAGCCUUUUAAUACCGCUUCUCUUUCCAAAUGGGGGAAAUCAGUGCAAAGACAGGAGAGUGGUUUUGACUUGCAGAUCAGAUCGGCUGGAGGAGCGAAGGGCUUGCCUACAGCCUAGCGACUUUUCCAUUUUCUGUCUCUUCUUCCUUAAACCGGCACUGAUAUCAGCAGAUCUCUUACACCAAACCGCUAACACUGUAUCGAUGCAGUCAUUCGAAAUUAUGAUUUACCUGCACUGCGUGUGUCGUGCAAUACUGGGGGGGAUUUUUUGUGACUUGAUCAGUGUUUUCUAUUUCCCGCUCAUCAUCUGAUGAAGAGGAGCGGCGGCGUUCCCGGGGACGAUGAUAGCGCACCGCGAGGGGGCUCUGAUCAGUGUGGCAAAGCGGCGAGCGGAGCCAAACAGCCAACGCAGCUGCGGACGGUGCCUACCGGCGGUCUGGCCACCUCCCCGCUGCGGCCGCCGCCCUGGCCUGGCCCGGCGCGGGCCGAUGAGGCUCGGCUCGGCGCGGAGCGGAGCGGCCCCGGCUCUGCGCCCCCACCGCCGCCGCGGCCCCCAUCCUGGUUUCACGUUCAAGGUUUAACAGUGAGGUCAUGUUCAUUGACGUCAGCUUGAGGUUUACUGUACGUCCGGCUGCAUUUACAUACAUCAAGGAAGUUAGGGCAUUAAAAAAAUAUGCAAAUCCUACUGCUUGGAGAAAAGACUGAAGAUUCCUGGAGCGAUCGCCCCUAUUAAUGAAGAUCGCAAUUAAUGGAACAAACAAUCCGUUCUCCCCUCCUCCCCCCUCCCGCCAAAUAUCAUAAACAACAACAAAAA